AUGAACGAGGAGACUCAGCCAAGCUCGCCAGUUGCGGUGAACGACGGCGCCGACGACGUCGUGGAGGCGGAUGUGGCCGCCUCAGACGCCCAUCACCCCCACCUCGUCGAGGGCGACUUCUUUCCGAUGGAGGUGCCGGUGGUGGACGCCGACGGCGGAGUCGGCGUCGGCGGCGGUGGCGGAAACGAGGAUGAGGUGAACGUGGACGAAAUCGCGGCCAGGGCGGCGGCGGUGGUGGCGGCGGCCUCCCUCGCGUCGACGCCUCCCAGGGCUGCCGCCGCGCCGUCACGCAAGCGGGUGCGCUGGGCAGACGGCGCUGGCGCGGCCAAAGCGCACCGCCUGGUGAAGCACGUCACAAGCUUCUACAUGCCUUACAGCUCCCGCGGGCCCCGACUGGACACGAACGGCCCGUCCAGCCCGACACGCCCUACGCACGCUGCGGUCGUGAACCCGCCGCCGUCUGUAUUCCGUGACAAGAUCAACACAGACGGCAGCACCUACAAGUUCUGUAAGGCGCAGCGACCGGCACUGCGCUUUGUGGAGUGGAAGCGCCAUCAGCACGAGUACGGCACCACGCCUUUUGAGGGCCAGCCGGCCGCGGCAGGGGACGCCGGGGAGUCGGGUGGACCGCCGGAGCCCCUGGAUGCCCCGGCAGCCCCCGCACGAACGCUGUUCGGCGUACUGUUCCAACGCAGUGUUGUGACGCGCGUGGCGGAAGGGCAGGUGCGGAUUAGGACAGCGUCUUACCACGGCCGCGGCGCCAACGGCUUUCAGAUGCCGUUUGUCCGCGUUGGCGAGUUGUACGAUGAGCCGCUCACCAUCCCGCUGCCGCCGUAA